GCAUUGCUGUUUAUUUCGUUUUAUGUCAAGGCUGGAGACAGAAGGAAAGUGGACUACCAAUCCCAGAACUCUUUGCAUUGAGACUCCCUGGAGGCGCCGGUGCUCUUGGCAAACCCAGGAAGGGGCGGGAUUUAGUGGAGUUGAGUCGGACUAAAGGGAGGUACCUGGUUUGUGGCUGUUUGUGGUAGAGUGGAGGCCUUAACGCUUGUAGUUUGGAAAGUUAGACCUCUGAGCCUUAAACCCUACUCUAGCAGCAUAGAAAAAAAAAAAAAAAAAAAAAAAAAAAAGAUCAGUGAAGCCAUGUAUUGUAAAACCGACAUUUGGAAGUAGACCAAGCCUUAAAACAAAACCUGUCACUUAACUGAUGCCAUUUUAGGUAGCAAAGGUGAAUAUCUUCAUGAACUACACAGGAUAAGAAGAAAUGAAUGGCUAAUUUGACCAUAUUAAGAAACUGUGCUCCACAAAAACACCUGAAAGAAAGCAAAAAGAAGUUACAAAUUGAAUUGAUAUUUACAGGAAGUGUUCAUCUAAAGUUGGGAUGCUCUGUACCUGAAGGUUUAGUAAAACAUGCUGCAAAGCCAUCUGGAUGUGGUGUUUCCUUUGUGGGAAGACAUUAAAUACAGACUAAAUUGCUUUAAUAAUUAAUGAACCAUUCAUAGAACUGCAAUUUCUUCUUGAUUCAUAUCUGUUUCAUCUCUCAGACAUCUUCAAAUAAAGAAGUGGUUGUAAACGAUCUGCAGAGUAAUGGAGAUAUGAAACAAACCCAGAAUUGUACAACAGUACCAAUCACACAGACUCUCAACUACACUCUGAGCAGACAAGGACAUUUGGAAAAAGAAGCUUGGAAUGCAUUCAGCCAUCAUAGCCCAGUUAAUGUCUCUAUGGAUGGAAUUCCUUGCAUUCUUUUCUGGGCCAAAAGAAUAACAAUAAAAUUUAAGAAUCAGACCUGGCUGGAUUUUACAGAUGAAGCUUUUGGACAGAAGGCAGCAGUGGAUACUAGCAACUCAAAUUGCAGUGAAGAAAGUGCCACUUUAUCUAUGAAGUUUGGUGAUGCUGAAAGUCCCAAAGGUCUUGAUAUAAGAUUCACCCUUACCAAUUACAAAAAGUCGUACAUCCAGAGCUGGUUUAGUUUGCACAGAGUUGAGAUUAUUUUCAAUAAUUCGAUCCAAGCAACUUUUAAUGCCACUGGCAUAUAUGCUCUAUCGAGUUAUUCCUACCACUGCCAGCAUGUCAGCAGCCUGCAGCGUUAUGAUGCCCUCUUGUUGCCCAGCUACGUGGAUGAUACUUCAAGCCUGUGGGAGGUCACUUUUGUUGAUUUCCAGAUCCAAGGCUUUACCAUCAAGGGGAAGCAGUUUGCCAAGGCCCGAGAUUGUGCCUCUUCCUUCUCACCAGCAAUUCUGAUUGGCCUGGCCAUGUCCCUGAUCCUGCUGCUGGUGCUAGCCUAUGCUCUGCACAUGCUCAUCUACCUGCGAUAUCUGGAGCGGCACUAUGAUUUUAUCACCUCUCCGGCCCACUUCCCCCACUUGAAACCUCGAGAUGCCGCAGAAGAGAAGGAGCUGCUGAGGAGCCAGGGAGUCGAGUGCUAUGAACUGAGAAGCCAGCAGAUCUGCAAAAUUUAUGUGUAACAGCACAGACCCCUCUUCCUCACGAAGUCCACAGUGGCCAAUGAAAGGAGUGAUUUCUGUUGUGUCCUCUUUGACUUAUGAUAUAAAAUUUUUACCUUAUGGCUUGAUUUUAAAAAAAAGGAAAUACAUGCAAAAAAUACAUUUUGGAGCGUCCACUGGCCUACUACUUGAGGCAAUGAAAAAGUUAUCCCAGGAACCCCACAGAAAUAAAUAUGAUUGUUGCCCCAAACGUACUUUGAAAGCAAAGGGGUAUUUCAAAUUAAGACAAAAAAAAUUGCCAAAAUUG